AUGUGUGUUAUUCCUCCUCAGGUGUCGACCAACUCGACAGUGAUUUACGUGAAGGAAUUGGUGGCCAAACACUUACAGAUACCGGUCUGUCAGCAGAAGUUAGUCUUCAAAGGGAAAACAUUAUCAGACCACAUGUCUCUCGAAGAUUACGACAUAAGCGAAGGAAAUAAAAUCCAUUUGUUUGCCAUCGAGUCGUCCGUCACCGCCGCUGAUAACCAGUCAUCACCACAACAACAACGGCUGCCGUCGGAGUUGACAAACACACAGAAGAAUCAGUUCCUCAAUCACUUGACACAAGUGCUGCAGAAGUACUACACGACGGCCGACGCGGCGAAGAUUGUGGACGAGUUUAGGCGUAACCUCCAGUCAGAUGUGAAUGAACUCAGUCUCGACGACAUCGAGAGAUUGGCUAAACUUAAGUUAACUCAACAACAGAUUUAAAUACAAUUCCCAUUAGUAUUGCAAUUAUUUGUAUAAUUAUAAAAACAUCGAGUGAUUAAACGAAUGCUUUUUUAAACAAAACUACC